GUGAUUAUGAUGGUGAUAGUGAGAGGGAAUAAAUAAAGAAACAUAGCACCAACUCUCUCUCUCUCUCUCUCUUUCUCACAUAGCUUUCAUUCAAGAACGAUGACUAGUUCUGAUCAAUCUCCGUCGCACAAUGUCUUUGUCUACGGCAGUUUCCAAGAACCAUCCGUCGUCAACUUGAUUCUCGAAUGUAAUCCAGUCACCGUCUCUGCUCAACUCCACGGCUAUCAUCUAUAUAGGCUCAAAGGGCGUUUGCAUCCAUGUAUUUCUCCUUCUGAGAACGGACUUAUCAAUGGAAAGAUACUAACUGGACUAACAGAUGCUCAGCUAGAGAAUUUAGAUAUGAUUGAAGGAGAUGACUAUGUGAGGAAGACUGUUGAAGUUAUAUUGACUGAAACAUCCGAGAAGAUGCAAGUAGAAACCUUUGUAUGGGCUAACAAAGAUGAUCCUGAUAUGUAUGGAGAAUGGGAUUUCGAGGAAUGGAAGAAACUUCACAUGGAAAAGUUCAUAAAGGCGUCAGAGAAGUUCAUCGAAUGGAAGAAGAAUCCAGAUGGGAGAUCAAGGGAAGAGUUUGCCAAAUUUGUAGAAGAAGAUCUUACCGCGGCCUGAAGACUCUCUCUGUACUUUUGUUUUGUUUCCAAAUCAAUAUUCACUAUCUUUGAUCUAUCUGUAGCUGCAAAAUAAACAUAAAAAGAUCUGUGAGUUUGGGAAUAUGUUGUAGUUGUACUGUUUGUUGACAUUAUUGAGUUGUGUGCAAGUGUGUCGUUAUCAUCUUAA